AUGACCGCGGUGUUUAAGGUUUCGGUGAGGAGGAAGUGAUUGUGCUACAGUUUUGCGCUGAUGCCAUAGUAUCUUAACUUUCUUAGUCAUAUUACGACUGAGAGAACAUUGAACAGCAUGGUCACAAGGGCUGGUUUGAUGGGGUUACGAAGCCGAGUCGCAGUACUUUUCUCAGUUGUGCUAUCGCCAAGUCUAUGCACCUCUUUUGGCCAGAUUGACCCCCUGGUCUAUGAUGAGCAGUUGCUGUGGGUGAGGGGCGGGGCAGGGGAGGUGAGCACUUACCGGAUCCCACUGCUCUCCUUCACCCCCAAGGGCAGUCUGCUGGCCUUCGCUGAGGCCCGGAAGAAGUCUGCCAGUGAUGUGGGGGCCAAGUUCCUUGCCAUGCGACGGUCCACAGACAGAGGUACCACGUGGUCUCCCACCACCUUCAUAGUAAACGAUGGCUUCCUGGCUGACGGACUGAACCUUGGUUCAGUGGUGGUGGAUGAGGAAACUGGCUCUGUGCUACUGAUCUACUCUCUGUGCUUCCACCAGUACCAGUGUGACCCCGCCAGUAUAAUGCUGGUGGAGAGCAUGGACGACGGACUCCGCUGGAGCCCACCAAGGAACCUCUCGGUCCAGCUGGGGGUCAAGAACUUCGUACCUGGGCCCGGCUUUGGCAUUCAGAAGCGCUACCCUCCUGCUAAGGGGCGUCUGGUGGUGUGUGGACAUGGCACCCUGGAGGGUGACGGGGUCUUCUGCAUUCUGAGUGACGACCACGGGCGAAACUGGAAGAAUGGCGCCGCGCUGAAGAGCAUCCCCUACAACCAGCCCAAACAAGCCCUGGACUUCAACCCAGACGAGUGCCAGCCUGUAGAGAUGGAGGACGGUAGCAUCGUCAUCAACGUGCGCAAUCAGAACAACUACCACUGCCGCUGCCGCAUGGUGGUGCGCAGCCUGGACGGCGGCGAGACGCUACCCAUAGAGCAGCUGUUGUUUGACUCCACCCUGAUAGACCCUGUCGUAGCGGCAGGGGCACUGCAGAAGGAAGGCGUGAUGUACUUCACCAACCCAGCUGACAGUACUCACAGGGUCAACCUAACCCUGCGCUGGUCUCUGACCAAUGGCACGUCGUGGGAGAAGAAGGCUGUCCAGAUCUGGGCGGGGCCAAGCGGCUACUCCUGUAUGACAUCACUUACGAGCGGCGGCGCAGAAGACAGGAAGUUCAUCUUCGUCAUCUACGAGAAAGGCCACAAGGACUACUAUGAGACCAUCUCCUUUGCCAAGAUCCACCUCUACGGUGGACUGUAGUAGAGUAAGGCUGGGGGGGUGGGUACUUGGUAGAGUCUGCUUCUAACUACUGGUCCAUGGUCAGGGUCCGUAUUCUCAAAGCCUCUCGGAAUGCUGAACUAGGAAACAUUUAGCCUUUUAGAUCAUAAUGAAUUAGAUUAUAUAGACGGGAGACCUGAUCCUAGAUCAGCACUCCUCUGAGAUGCUUUAAAAAAAAUAUAAUCCCAAAUAUUUGUAUCCACUUAAUAAUAGUUAUGGUUAGGAUGUGGAUCGGGGAAUUUCAUCUGUGGUUAGGGUAUUUCAUCUGUGGUUAGGGUAUUUCAUCUGUGGUUAGGGGGAGGAUGUUGAAGAUUCUUUCAGGAAGGAAGGAGGACUCAUUGGACUUUGCAGCACAGCUUUAUUUUGAUAAGUGAAGGGAGACAUGGAGAAAUACAAACCACUGCUGUUGUAUGGCACCAAGAAUGACAGGUUUGUGCCACUUUAUCCUAAGGUGGGCUUUUAAAUACAUCAUGAUUGUAUUACUUAGGGCAAAACCCAUUCGCAGCGGGAAACGGAAAUGUGCUUUUCUUAUUGGACAAGUUCAUGUAGUUCCUCCCUGUUUUAGUCUGUUUUCCUCGAUUUGGUGCCUAAUGUACAUUUUAUUAGUAUGGCCCAAUCACAGGUCCUUUACUGAAGCUAUGAUAGUCUGUAAUGAUUGGUGGUAUGUUGGUGUACUCUUCCUGUCUGGGGCUCCCAUAGCUGAGAGAGGAGGAAAUCCCUCCACCCACAUCUUUUAUUUUGUGAUGUGGGGAAGGAAAAAGGUUUGGGUGGGGUAUGCGUCUCCAAGCCAUACAAAUAUUGGGACAGACUUACUAAGCGUUUGCAACUGUGCUAUUUCCAUAGGGAAAAAAACUUGAACAAAGAGUAAAAAUAUAGGUUUAGAGGAGGACAUUUUAACGCCUAGUAAAUCUAGCUCCCAUGCAUCACAGCCCCUAACAGAAUGGUUUCACUUUCAGAAUGGAUCUUGCCAACUUUUGGCAUGAGAGAAGUCCGUAUGAUGAGACAAUAGUUUGUGAUGGAAUUGGACCUGUAAAUGAUUGACUUGUGUCAGAAUAGGAGAUGCACAUUUUGAGUCCAUUUUCUUUUUUCUUUUUUUGAGCCAGGGAUGUAAUUGAAAGUCCCCUUGUGCUAUCAGUUGAACGUUUAUUAAAUGUGAUUGUGUCACAAAUGCCUCAACUCAGUACCUGGCACUCCCCUUGUAUGUGAAACAACGUGACAAUUUACCUCCGGUUUCUAUAGCAUAUUUGAUCGGUCUCAUCUAGCUAGCACACUUCUGUCCACAGCAGUUGUAGUUGUUUCUCUCAGCUCACCUCGCUGAACCUAGCUGUGAAGCCGACAUACUGGUAUGCAAUGGAUUCCUUGUUUAGCGGUAAGACGCUGCACCUGGUUAAAUGCACACAAGGAUUUGAUUGGUAGUUCACUGAAAAUGAUUUUGAUGAGAAACUUUUGCCUAUUAUUGAAAAAUCUGGAUGCACGGCAACUCAUUGUGUCAAGAAGUUUAACUGCCACAUGUUAUGGUCUUAUUGUAAGACUACAUAUCUUACGAAGUUUAUUAUCCUUCCUUUCCUGAAAGUGUGUAACUUCAAUAGAAUGCUUUCAAUUCACGUUUUAAGCUAAGAUUUGUGGUUUUAACACUCCAGAUGCCUUUUUCUUAUCAAGAUAUUGAAUUCAAUAUGAAUAGUGAUUUAUGGGAGGUGAGUGUGAGGUGUGUCUGAGUACAAAUAUGAUAUUCUGUAUGUACGUUUGGAUAUUGUACUGAUAUUUUUCCAAUUAGUGGAAAAGAUAAGAACUGGGCUGCCUGUGUAAAAGCAGCCAUUGAUCUACAGUAUGUGGAAACAUGUGUAUCAGUUCAUAAACCAUGGAAUGGGUAGAUCAAAUCUUUUCCCAACUAUUUUGCAGUCUAUGUGGCACAGCUGUCAAUUAUUUGGUCCUGCAAUUAAACUGGUUACUUUUUUAUUGAUCACAAUUUUAUUUAACCAAUUUUGAUCUUUAAUGCAGGGCUGACAGACAAGUUCCUUCCUUGCAAUAAUGCUGCAAUCAGUUUGUUGUAAUUUUGAGUAGAGCAGACGUUUCCAUAUGUUUUUGUUAGCUGCAUGUGUGACAACUCCACCGGUCCUAUUUAUGAUAUAAUUUAUAAAGAUUAUACCAGAAUUUUUUUUUUUUUUUAAUCAAUUAUUAUAUUUGAGCUCAACCAUAUUUGUUGUUGUAAUAUUUGUUCUGUCUUUUCUGGUGGAUUAAACUGAAAUUGCAACCAA